CAAGCAAUUUGCUUGCCUUUUGACAGGUUUCAUCUCUAAUUAAAAUGUCUAAUGGUUAUGAAGAUCACAUGGCUGACGACUGCAGGGACGAUAUCGGCAGAACAAAUUUAAUUGUUAACUACCUUCCUCAGAACAUGACCCAGGAUGAGUUACGGAGCCUGUUUAGCAGCAUAGGGGAGGUUGAAUCUGCCAAGCUUAUUCGUGACAAAGUUGCAGGGCACAGCUUGGGUUAUGGUUUUGUGAACUAUGUGACGGCUAAAGAUGCUGAAAGAGCAAUAAACACACUGAACGGCCUGAGACUUCAGUCCAAAACUAUCAAGGUGUCAUAUGCUCGCCCAAGCUCUGAGGUGAUUAAAGAUGCAAACUUAUACAUAAGUGGGCUGCCACGGACAAUGACACAGAAAGAUGUUGAAGACAUGUUUUCACGGUUUGGACGCAUUAUCAACUCGCGUGUACUGGUUGAUCAAACUACAGGUUUGUCCCGAGGAGUUGCAUUUAUCCGGUUUGACAAAAGAUCAGAAGCUGAGGAAGCAAUUUCAAACUUCAAUGGCCAUAAGCCUCCGGGCUCCUCUGAACCAAUCACAGUGAAGUUUGCAGCCAACCCUAACCAGAACAAAAACGUGGCACUCCUGUCACAGCUGUACCACUCACCAGCUAGACGGUUUGGGGGGCCCGUCCAUCACCAGGCACAGAGAUUCAGGUUCUCUCCUAUGGGUGUAGAUCACAUGAGUGGGCUUUCUGGUGUAAAUGUCCCAGGAAACUCCUCUUCGGGCUGGUGUAUCUUCAUCUACAACCUUGGCCAAGAUGCCGAUGAGGGAAUCCUCUGGCAGAUGUUUGGCCCCUUUGGCGCGGUGACUAAUGUGAAAGUCAUCCGCGACUUCAACACCAACAAGUGUAAAGGCUUUGGCUUUGUGACAAUGACAAACUAUGAAGAAGCCGCCAUGGCCAUAGCGAGUCUUAACGGCUACCGGCUGGGGGACAAAAUCUUGCAGGUUUCCUUCAAAACCAACAAGUCCCACAAAUAACUUCGCUCGUGGCUUUCUUUCUUUUUUUUUUUUUUUUGUAUGGAAUAGAUAAUUGAGUGACGAAAAAGUUUGAAUUUUUUUGUUUUUGUUAGUGUACAACUCAUUUUUUGCGCCAAUUUUCACAAAGUUGUUUGUCUUUAGUCUAAAUGAAAAGUGGAAAGGGGUUUUAUACUCUGGGAUGCCACUGACAUGUUCAAAUGUUUUGGGUUUUUAAAAGUCCCAUAAUGGUUCUACUCAUGUUUUUUUAAAGUUCCUUUUCAAGUAGUGCUGUUUGCAAUCUCCCCUUGAACCCUGAAAUCUAAAUUGAUGGUACCAGCUGCACCCUGGGGUGCCAGUGAAACUGUCAGGCCUGUGUUCCCUUGAGAGACUGCUGUUAAUUUCACUGAAUAGAGUUUGCCAAGGCAGGACUUCAGCCAAACUUCUAUUGAUCCCAGUACCUUUGGGCAAUGCUUUUAGUUAAUAGCAACUUCUCCUUUAUCCAGUAAUUUGCUAGUUAAAAUUAAUUUAUUGGUGAAAGGUAACAUCAAGGAAGUCUGGUGAAUAUGAAAUGCCAGCACUGUGUAACACCACUGACUAUGUUUGUCACUCAGUAGGCAAAACCCAAACUGAAAAAAAAAAUUAGAGUCUUUUUGUUUUUCCUUUAAAAGCCCAGUUUCCAUAAAAAAGGACCAAAGAGUUUUGAGAAAACUCUGGGGUGAUUUCAGAGUAAAAAGAAAGAAAAAAUGAAACUCCAAACCCAGCAUUGCCACUUCCUCAGAAUUUUUACCUUCAGAUAGCGUGUUUCUGUGCAUUGCUUUCUGGUAAAAUAAAUGUGGCAAGAUUUAAUAUUAAUCUACUUUCACAUAUUUCUAGUUUGAAUAACUGAGUUCUUAGAAUUCUCUUAUGAAGAUGUUGCAAACAUUUGAGCAUCAUAAUUUUUUGCAUCCCGUCUAAUAAUUACUAGAUUUUUUUUUCAUAUUUUAAUAGUUGGUUUUGACAAAUAGCUUUACAUAUUGAAUGCUCAGCAGAGAAGUACAUUAAAACUUGCAAGUUAGAGAUUGAAGAGACAAAAUUUUGAUUUUGUAGACUUAAGAUUUUAAUUAAUCCCCAAAGUUUUCUUCAGGCUGCCUUGAAACUUUGAGUUCUGUUUUCUGUUAAUUUUCUUUUGCUUUUUUGUGUUUUUGUUUGUUUUUACUUUUGCAUUUAAGACCAAUUAAAUUUGAUUUGGUUUUGCUGAAAUUUUGUUUUGGUUUGUUGUUUUAAUUUUUCCCCCCUCCUUUCCAUAUUCCACAGUAUCCAACCUGAACAAUAACAUCGAUCCUUUUACAAUAAGAAUCAUUUGGGGAUUUUAAAAUAACAAGAAUCAACUGAUUGGUAGGAGGUCAGGACUACAUAUGAAAGCAUUUGCAGCCACUUUCAACAUGGUGUGAGGGUUAAGUGGCUCAGAAAGACUUCAUAGCUUAAACUGAAUAUUCCACAGCAUACAUAGUUGGCUAGAUCCAUAAAGCUUAUAAACCAAGCAGCAGCUUUGGGCCCAAGAGAAACCUGUCCGAUCCUUAAAACCCGUUUUAAGCCAGCUGCACGUUCCAUCUGGGAAGCUCUCCUGUCUGAGUCGGCUAAGAGGCAGGUCUGAUUCCAUGGACAUUUCUAUUUUGGAUCUGCAAUGUGGCCGAUUUCUUUCUGUUUAUGAGCCGGCUGUGGGGCCAUUCUGGCCACGCUCUUUCAAUCAGUGCUCAAAAUCUAUAACUUUGUAGACUCAAGCAACACUUACUGACACUUAGGGAAGUCUGAAAAUCUCACGGGCAGUUCCAGAUGAAACGCACCCCAUACCAUACUUGCAGAAAAGAUCCGCCGAUGAAAAUGUAGACUGUGGACGGCUUGCCCUGCAGUCUUUCAUGAAGCAGUGCACUGGAGCAUUCAGAGUUCGUGGUGCAUUGGAGGUAAACACGACCUUUCAUCUUUUUGUUACUGGAAGAAGUAUAUCCCAUCCAAAAGCUUUUACUCACGAUACAAAAACACACUGCAGUUGUGAAUCCUGAUCUUGCAUCUCUUCAGCAUAGGAACACCAUUCCAUGUAUCUGCUUUGCUUUGUGCUUUUUAUUGAAUUUUUAAUUAAGAAUUAACUUGGCAAGAUGGAUCCCUUUUACAGGCAGAAUGUUCUUGGCCCCGGGAUUACAAAUGGGUCUACUUUUUUCGAACUAAGUAGAUUGUCUGUUUUGGGGUCACUGCUAUCCCAGUUGCUGUCACAUCUUUGGUUUGUAAAGUGAUUUCUGACAACAGCUUAGAAAACCUUGUUCAGAGAUGCUGCCUUUAUUUUGUGGCCCCACCAAAAGCAUUCAUUCCUCAACAGCUCUGAGAUUUUUUAGUUUUGUUUAUUGGUUUGGAAUGAUCAAGUUUACACCAGAACCUGGCAGGUUUAUCUUCUGUGUUAUUUGCAAUGUUUAUCCUAAAAUUUCCAUGUUGCUCUUGAGCAGGACCUUCUUUUCCCUGGAAAGGAGAAUUGCUCAUCGUCUCUAUUAUUUUGAAUCAAAUUAACAUCAUGUCGUCCAUCAUGUAAAUCUUGACAUUCCAAUUGGAACUAACCUGGUACCACGUUCAAAAUACCUUUUCAGUCAUUGGGAGUUAUGCUCAGCUGCCGUUUUGGCAAAAUCAGUUGCUUAGAACUCUAGUGCAAAUUAGUUUAUUUCAGAAGAGGCCGUAAUCCGGUGGCAGGAGGCUCAUCUGCAAGUCCUCCUGAAAUAAAUCUCCCCUUAUGCAGCUUCCAUUCAUCUUUGUGAUCUUUUUCCAUUGGAUGGUUCCUUUGGAAGAAUUAAUGAUUCUUUGACUUAGCAUUACAUGUAAUUUUUCGCAGUCAUACAGAACAUUCCUUUGACUUUUAUGCUCUAAGAAGUCUUGAUUAUAAAGCAUUUCUUCUAUGGUAUCUCUAUGCUCCUUUUCUUUUAUAAUUCUUCAUUCUCAUUUAAAUGCAGCUUUUACAACAUGGCCUAGAGAAUCUUCCAGAUGUGAUGCACGACUACCAUAGUUCCCAACUCAGGAAUUCACUGGCUGCAAAUUACAGGUGUUGGUAGUCCCGUAUCUCUGGGAAGUGCCAGUUUUGGGAACACUGGUAUGUAGAAUAACCUACCCUUUGUACUGGAAUGAUGGGUAUCAGUAGAUUCAUUUUCCUGACAUCGCCCCUUUCUCUGCUACUUUGUCAGCUCUCCAGUAAAGCUCACUUCAGCUAAUUUGUCACCUCUGCCUCACCAGUUUCUGUAAGAAAAAGCUAAGCAGAUUUGAUUCUUGUACGCUCUAAACAUCUUACAGUUUCUCUGGGUCUUGUUCUUCCUUCUGAUUCACCAGUCUUGUACCUUUCCUUCAGUCUUGCCCUCUCCUGAUUGGUCGCCAUCUUCCCGAAUCUGCUUUUCAGGGCUCUGAUUCAGCUCCAGGAGAAGUUGAGGUGGGCUCCAGCCAAGAUAACAGUAUGGGAUGAGAACUCAUUUAAACUUUUCUGCACAUUGUGAAAAGGACCCCUGUCUCACCAUUGACAGUCAAAGCCCUAAGUGGCAAAACCAUAAGAUCCUGCCAAUCUGUGACCGUUCUCUGGGUUCCCUUAGUUUUGCUACAUUCUUUUUAAAUAGCAUUCCAAUUUUAUUCGAUAAUGGUAAAAACACAUUUGAAAGGAAUUAAGCCAGCUAUUAAAGGUGCUUCUAAAGGGUUGGUGUUGGGUUCCUCUUCGUGCUUCUGUGUUUCUGAAUGAAAUGGAAUUUUCCUUUGAGUGGCUAAGAGUGCCUUGUCCACCAAUCUCAAAGGUUUUCAUACCGAUUUUAGAUCUUUUGCAAAUAUGGGAGAAGGUACACAGAAAUAUGCAUAGAGUAUGUAUAAAACUAAAAUUAAUGGAUCUUUUUUUAGUUUUGAGGUGACAGAAGUAAUCCUGCUUCCUGGAAUUUGACAGUUCAUGGUGCCCUACUCAAGUCUGUAAAGUACUAGAAUAUAUUCUAGGUUAAAUGCGAUGCAUGAGAAACCAUCGUAUUCCAGAUUAUUGCCAAACUAAGACAGGGCGGUGAACACCUCUCUUCUUCCUCCAUAUAACUUCUUUACGGUUUUGUGGCAAAAUUUGACAACAUUGGCAGAGAAAGGCUAUUCACAUGACCAACAUUUUUCACAGUUGCCAUUCAGCAAUGCAACCCUUUUAUGGAUUUGGCUGAAUAUCUUAUUUCUUUUGCUCUUUAAAGAUCUACAAAUGUAUAUAUUCUUGAUAGGAAUAAGCUUGAUUUUUUUUUAAAUUCUGAUAAUUAGAUUUGUAGAUCACUUUUGUUGGUAGGGGAGAUUGUCCAUAAAUUACAGAAAUAGUUAACAGUUUGUCACAAUCCAAAAUCCCUUUGAUUAAAAAAAGGAAAUCCAGGGUUUUUCCCCCUCACCCAAAUGUUUAAUGUAAUCUUCUUUGCUCUCGUAAGCCAGUAAAAGUUUUUCCUUCUUGAGCAAGAAAGAAUGGGGACCUUGGUCUACCAAGGUUUAGAUGAGUAAAUUUUGCAGUUCUCUUAAUCACAUGUCAGCUGCUUUGUGAGGAUAAAGCUCAGUAUCUUCCUUCUGACUAGAAAUAAAUCGCUGAGAAUUAUGCACUUUGACAUUAACUGCAGACGGUUCUGUUUUCCAUUUUAUUAAAUGUAUCUUACGAGAAAUGAUUGGCAGCAGAUUUCAUGCUUCCUAUGAAUAAGGGUGUGACUUUUCUUAAAUAGGCUAGCCUAUCCUAUUCAGUUCUUGAAACAGGAAGCACUUUUGCAUAAUUUAAAAAAUGAAUAAAUGCACCUUAUUUUUGUUUUUAAGAGAGGAGAGUUUUAUAUCCUCCCCCCAAGUUACAGAAAUAAAUUUGCUACCAAACAUUUAGCUCUUGGCUGUGUUUCUGUGAUGGCAGCUGUCUCAAACUCUACUCAACUUGGGAAUCCCCUUGAAAGAACAAUUUUUAACAUAAUGGGCUUAUGGCAAAUUUAGGGAGUCAAAACCAAUUCCUAAAAAAUUUGCAUUUGGUAAAAUAAAUUGUGGGGUUUUCUUCUCCCUUGUAUUUGAAAAUUCAUGGGUUUUCUGAUCUGUCUUUGUUUUAUUUCCUUUAUAUUUUUUUAAAAAGGCUAUUUGGUGUAAUGUAGAGGUUAUAACAAUCAGUGACUAUUUUAGUUCAAUUCCAAUUUUUAAAAAUUUAAAAUCAGAUACAUUAUACUGUUUGGCUGCUUAUUUGUAGCAUUCCUGUCUAGUAGAGUAAUCCAGGUUCAGAAUAAGUUAGUUGUAUAUUUCUCCCAGUGCAUGGUUUAAAAAUAAACAGAAAACACAGUCGGUGUGACACCCACCAUCACACGGUGACUAGCUUGUGUUGAAUCUGCUUGGCUGCCUUCCCUUCCCACAGACCGCUUCCCCAUGCAGGUU